CCUUGCGAAGAGGCCGGCACACAGGCGCAGUCGCGCGGCGGGGUACAGAUGCAUCUGAUGAAGAAGAAGCUGGGAACGGACAGCCGCACCGCGACCUCCGCGGCGGCCCCUGCGACCGCCAGCACGCCUACCCGCAAGCCGUCGACUCCGGGCGGAGGCGCGGCCGCAUCGGCAACCGCAGGCAGCAGCGACCGCAGCGGCAAGCAGGGCUCGUCUCCCAAGCCGGGCGCAGGGGCCGGCGUGCGGACGGCGCCGGAAAAGCCGCCGGUCAUCGAGCCGCUGCCGGCCUUCAAAGACGUCAGCGCGCCGGAGCGGCAGCAGCUCUUCAUCAAGAAACUGCAGCUGUGCGCGUGGCCGAUGGACUUUGCGGACCAGAGCGACGUGCGCGAGAAGGAGAUCAAGCGGCAGAGCCUGCUCGAGAUUAUGGACUAUAUCAACAACACGAAGAAUGUCUUCAACGAGCAGACGUUUCCCGAGAUCAUCCAGAUGAUUGCGCAGAACCUCUUCCGCGGCCUCGCGCCCGCGAGCCAGCCGGCGCACGCGCAGUACGACCCGGAGGAGGACGAGCCGGUGCUUGAGCCCGCCUGGCCGCACCUGCAGUACGUGUACGAGUUCCUGCUGCGCUUCGUCGUCUCCAACGAGACCGACCCAAAGGUGGUCAAGAAGUACGUCGACACGCAGUUCCUUGUCCGGCUGCUCGACCUCUUUGACUCCGAGGACCCGCGCGAGCGAGACUACCUCAAGACGAUCCUGCACCGCAUCUACGGCAAGUUCAUGCCCUACCGCGCCUUCAUCCGCAAGGCCAUCAACCACAUCUUCUACCGCUUCAUCUACGAAACGGAGCGGCACAACGGCAUCGCCGAGCUGCUCGAGAUUCUGGGCUCCAUCAUCAACGGCUUUGCGCUGCCGCUGAAGGAGGAGCACAAGUCGUUCCUGCUGCGCGCGCUGCUGCCGCUGCACAAGGUGCGCUUUGUCGGCAUGUACCACCAGCAACUCUCGUAUUGCGUGACGCAGUUUGUGGAGAAGGACCCGAAGCUUGCCAAGCCGGUGCUCGAGGCGAUCCUCAAGUUUUGGCCGUGCACACACUCGCCCAAGGAGGUGCUCUUCCUCAGCGAGGUUGAGGAGAUCCUCGAGAUGAUUGCGGCGCCGGAGUUCGUCAACGUCAUGGCGCCGCUCUUUGCGCAGAUCGCGCGCUGCAUAGAGUCGCCGCACUUCCAGGUGGCCGAGCGUGCCCUCUUCCUGUGGAACAACGAGUACAUCGUCUCGCUCAUCGCGCAGAACCGCGACCAGAUCUUGCCCAUCGUCUUUGGAGCGCUCUACACCAACUCGCGCUCACACUGGAACCAGACGGUGCACGGGCUCACCUGCAACGUGGUCAAGCUCUUCAUGGAGAUGGACCCGCGCCUGUUUGACGAGUGCUCGGCAGCCUACCAGGAGAAGCAGGAGAAGGAGGUUGAGCGGCUCGCCGCGAGGCAGUCGCACUGGAAGGCGAUCGAGGCGGACGCCGAGGCAAACCCGCUGUACCCGCGGGUGAAGCACGCGCUCAAAGCGAAGGCGUCGCUCGCCUAUGCGAUGCGCGCGCAGCAGCUAAAGUCGGGCAUGACGAUGUUCGACGACGCCAGCAGCGAGCCGACUGCGUUUGGCGAGCUCGGCGGCUCGCGGCCAGGCGGCGUCGACGCGAUGCGGCGCAAAUCUGCGCUGCCGUCGCAGCCGGCGGCGAUCGCGACGUGAGCAGGGGGUGGCGGCAGCAACGGGACGCCGGACCGCACUGUUGACGGCCUCCCGCGCAUCUCGCGCCGCGUUGGGCCAGAGUGAGAUCGCGGGUUGCAGGGCCGUGUGCAUCAUUGCGGGGCGUGUCGGGGAGGGAAGGGCAAGAGGGGCGAGAGCCGCGGCCACCACUGGGGAGACGCGAUCGAGCGGCGGCGCAGCGCUGCUCGGGUGCGUCCCUGUGCGCACUGCGCGGUCUGGUGGGUGGGCCUGGGCGCAGCGAAACUCAGGCGCGCCCGUACGAUUAUUCUUUACUACCGCGGCUCGGUUGCGCGGCGCCGCGCACGCA